UGUCCGCAAGACGGAUGGGUUCACUACGGAAACUUCAGUUACCUCGUCAUCGACAUUCCAACACUGAAAUGGAGCGAUGCUAGACGAACAUGUGAGAUACUUGGAGGAGACCUUGCAAUCGUAAGAUCCGCUGCUGAGAAUAACUUUAUAUUUGACUUGAUCAAAAAACAGAAAACAAUCACGAAUUGGGGUGUUUGGCUCGGUUUGGUUCGCAAAGCCGACACUAAGUUCUACUGGAUUGAUGACACCCCUAUGGCGAACGGAUACACGGCUUGGUUAACUGGAAAACCUGAUAGCGUCAGCCAAAAGUGCGCGCACAUGUAUGGUACAGGAGGCGGAGCGGGCAAAUGGGACGACGUAUACUGUGAUAACAGUCCAUCGUAUUUCACGUCUUCCCCUGUUAUUCUUUGCAAGAAAAACAAAUCACUAAAUGGCUCACGUCCAUAAGGCAGCAUAAGAUUCAAAGUCUAGUAUAAAUAUGAAAUACUCAAAUUAAGGUGAAAUGAAUUCUUAUAUUAGACUGAUAAGAGAAUAAAGGGCAAUAAAGAAGAGAAAUUAAGUAUUGGUUACUCCUGUUCAAGGUAAAAAAGGUGUUAUAGCAAAAUUUUCCUUUUGUUUUUCGUUUUUACUUACUCGCUAUCGUGCUUCGUUUUUUUUUCUCACUCUGGUAUUUGCUAAUUAUUCUCCUUUCUUUUCGCGCCGUAUGUAAAUUUGGUCGUAUAUAGUUUGUUAUCUCGCCCUUUUUAAGGCAGUGUUUUUAACGUGUCUUUAUAGUGUUCGUUAAUCUAUGUCAGUUUUUUCUCGUUUCCCCGAACUCCAAACGUUGUAAAUGUCCUCAGUAUUUGGUAAGCAGCCUCGUUUUUUCUCGUUUCCUUCCAUUUCGUUUUGCGGUCUAGUUUAGGUUGUUUAUGUCUAUACUGCAACCUUUUUUUUUUUGGCGCUUUGAAGGAAUUUACUCUAUUCGUGUUCACAUUUAGUAAAACAUUUGCUGAGGUCUUCGUGCGUGUUUUCCUCGAUGCAGCCCUUGCCAUUGUUAUAUUUUGGUUCCAUAUUUAGGUGCUGCUACUCUUAAUAUUUAGCGAAUCUACUGUCAUAUGGUCUAUUUAUGUUAGCCUCCGAGGAAGCGAACGAAAGGGAUGGGGGGGAAGGAAAAAGGGAGGGGGUUGGAUAUAGUAGCCUGUUUCCGGCUUCUCCUAGAAAACGCGAAAACUGACGCGAUAAACGCACGGUAGCUGGGGAGAAAGAGGGCUUAGGACCAGUUCAAAUGCCGAACUUUUCAUGAGCCGAACUUGAUAGCUAUUUGGCUCGACUCAAAUGAUAAAAGUUCGAUGGUUGAUUCAGACGUCGAACUUGAUUCGCUUUUACGAUGUACAAUAUUCUACAAUGUUUACCGGUAAAAAUUCUGCCACGGAUAUGUUGUAGUUAAUUCUUUACCUCAGGUAAUUAAUAUUUUUCUUUUGUUUCAACUUUCUAAGCAUAAAUUACCAUACCCAGAAACAAAAGGAAAACAAAAACUACUUGACAUAAAAAAAUUAGCUACAAGAGAUCUCAUUAUAGGAAAGACCCUACUCAGUUCGAUACAAAAGAUACGACAUUCACGACUUGUAUUCACUGCACUUGGUUUAAAAGCUAAUCAUUAUUUCAGCUUCCUUUUACCGUUUUACUAAAUUUUCACUGCGACAAUCACUGAUGAAGCUUUAUAGAGAAGUCAGCAAGUCUCAUAAACUAAGGCGACAAAUUUCAUGCCUAAAAGAAAACGCCUUUCGAAAUCAAACUUGAGAAAAAUGAUCUUUUUUUUUCUUUUUAAAAAUCAUACAAGGCAUAUCCUACAUCUUCUCUCAGUCAAUUAUUUAACUAAGAAAUAAGUUACACCAUGAUUGUUUGUUUAUUUGUUUUUCGCAAUGGACAAAUUUUUUUGUCUGCAAUACUUGAAGAUUUCUUGACUGGAGAGGAGGGAAGAGGCUUGUUCGACUGUCACCAUAAAACCCCCGGCAGCUACGCCUUAGUGUUCUGUUCCCACGAUCUGAACGCUUGGAACAGACUAUCUAAUAAACAUUAUUGGGCUAAUUCACCAUUUUCACAUAGACCACAAUGCACCUUGUUUUACUCCCAAAUUUUGCAUAACCAUUGUUUCCAAUUUCUCCUGGGUAUUACAGUCGUCCCAAGAGAAACCCAAGACAAUGGUUAUGUAAAAUUUUGUAGGGUAAACAAGGUACAUUAUGGCAUGUGUGAAUGUGGUGAAUAUAUCGUGAAUAACUUUUUCGGGCUCAAUUCACAUUAUUGAGCCCGUAAUCAGACGUAAACACACCAGCGUCUUUCACGGCUGUUAAAAAGGAAGAUCGAAAAUGGGGAGUGGAUGGUGAAGAAGUCGACCCUUAUGCCGGCUAACUCCGACAUUUUCCACUUGAUACAAUUUCUUGUUAUUGUAACAACAAUCUCUCGUGCAAUUUUGUACUAUUAUCACUUUAAAUAUAUUACAUUUUAACGAUAUCAAAUCUUGAUUGCAUUUUCAUUAUGCACUUAUUGUACGGUUAAAAAGGUACUUUGCGCGGGAAAUGUGGACUGACAUUGGACGAACUGUCGAUGAACCUAUCGACCUCUCGAGCCUCUAUGAGUGUCUAAAUAGCACAAUCGAACGGAGUAUACUUCAUAAGAAAUCAAAGACUUGCCCAGUAUUUGUGUGGUCUUUUUGCUUCGCAGGGGGUUUUAUAACCGUUUUGAUUUUAAAAUUUUAAAACGAACAGCUUUAAAUAUAAACAAAAUAAGAGAGGCAAUCUAUAACUGGAAGUGCGACUCGAAUAAUUUAUAACUCGCCAAAAAGGCGGAAUAACGAAAAGUAUACUGACACAACAGAAAAAUAAGCUGAUACUUCAUUUCUAUUUCGAUUUCUUUCAGAGAACAUUAAGAAUACUUUCUUUUUUCUCCUAUCACAGUCAUUCUCCUCUAAAUUUUUACUCCGACGUAUUGCCCUGAAUGAAUAGAUUUUACAAUGCAAAAAUAUUCAGCCUUUUUUAUACUUCAAGGCAUGAAAGGCGAAUUGUGACAUUUGCACGGGUUGUUCGAUACACACAUGACUUCAAUCACUGCCGCUUGACAAAUUUUACCCUUGCAGUAAGCUUUAUUAAAUACAUCCUUUUUACAUCAGUACCCAACAGGUAAAACCAAUAACAGAAAAUAAUUCAUGUGACAUUCUGUGACAUUCAUAAGACUCAACGGAUCGAAUUUCUUAUUAUACCUAACAAUGCGAGUUUAAUUUAUGCGUUCUUCCCUGAAUGACUGCAUUGUAGUUAAUCUGUACACAACUACUGAAUGCAAAACAGCAACCCAACUUCAAUGCGAAGAAUGAAAAACCGAUGAUUGAUAGAUGUCUCACACUUUUUUGAUCGAUGUGUUGAACACUACUGAACAGUAUUUUGGGCAUCGAAUCUAUGACUAAGUGUUCAAGUCGUUCUUUUCUAAAAAUACUAACAAUGGAUCAUUAUUAGAGGCAAAGGCAACUUUUAGACCCUGUUUACAUGGAGUGGGGGACCCCGGUCUAGUGGGGUAGGUUUCUUUUGUUUUGUGUCCCCCACUCCAUGUAAACAUCGUGGCAAUUUCUUGGACUUUUAGCACAAGAUGUGAGAGAUUUACCGCCCCGACACAUUACAAUAUCUUUAUCAUAUUAGAUCAUAUUAAACCAAUUGUCUACCACUGACUCAAAUAGCCAUAACUUAUUAAAUUUUCUUUUAUUAUGAUCAUUAUUUCGAUAUAAUGCGACGAGAAAUUUGUUCUUGUUUAAACAGCCUGCAUGUGAUACGUCAGCCGCAAUGCGCCUGAAGAUAGCCUGGAGAUACUGAUGAUUCAUCAAGUGGACUAACUCAACAAAAACUUUCAUUUCUCGAGGGGCGGGCUACAUACUGUUUUGGACCUGAGAGGACGUCAACCAUGUCUGGAAAAUCAAGUUUCAUUGUCAUUGUUUUUAUCCUUGUUUCAAGCAGUUUUACCAAUGGAAAACCCAAAAGUUUCGACUCCAGCAAAUCACCCGCGCUUACAGCUCACAAAAAGCCUCAACCGAUCGAUCAAACAUUUAACAUCAACAACUGGGGCCUAGGAAAAUCUGAUAGAAAACUGCUCACCGAGAUGAAGUACAAAAUUGACCAGCUGUACCAGAAAUCGACAAGCGCUAAAGGUAUAAACUCUUGCAAUUGAAUCAAACUUUCAGUUAAUUAAAAGAGCGACUAAUUGUUCGAGGCUUAUUAUUAGAGCGACUUAAUGUCUGAGACUUAUUAAUCAACUGGAAAAUUUUCUUCCUUUCAGUUUGUUCGCAAGAUGGUUGGGUUUACUACGGCAACUUCAGCUACCUCAUCAUCGACAUUCGAACCCCGAAAUGGAGCGAUGCUCGACGAACAUGUCAGCUGCUUGGAGGAGACCUCGCUAUAAUAAUAUCAGCUGCUGAGAAUAACUUCAUAUUCGCCUUGCUCAAGAAACAGAAAACCAUCACCAAAUCGGGUGUGUGGCUUGGUUUUGUCCGCAAGGCGGACAGCAAGUUCUACUGGAUUGAUGACACUCCACUGGCGAAAGGUUACACGACUUGGGCACGCGGCGAACCAAACAACGUGAGCGAAAAGUGUGGAAACAUGUUUGGCUCGUCACACCGCCAUGGAGGCAAGUGGAACGACUUACCUUGCGAUGUUACACGUUAUUGGAAGGUGGCCCCAGUUAUCCUUUGCAAGAAAAAGAAAAUUAGGUGA